AGAACCAGCAAUGCCUGCCAUGGGGCGCCGCAAGCGAAUCCGUGCAGCAAUGUUGCUGGGAUUUGCGGUUGCAUCUAGUAUUUGGCGGUCAUCAUCAGCAUGGUGCGCAGCAAAGCUUGGGCGACGGGCAACCUUAGCCAUGCCGUUAUUGCCAAUUUUGCAGCAGCCGUCUUUGGCAGAGGUCAGCGAUAUUCAAUGGAACGAACCGAAGCGAAAGAAGACUUCCUUGGCGAACCUCGCCGAUGACUUCACGCGGGCCUUUCAACAGACGCAAUGGGGAGUAAAUGGCCGUGUGCAACCUCGCUUCUUUGACGACAAAUUUGUUUUCCGUGACCCAGACGUUACUACCAAUGGCCUCCAAGAGUAUUCCAAAGGAACUGGAGCCGUGCUGUCAAACUGCAAGGCUGAUGCCAUUGAUGUCACCGUGAAGGAGCCGAAGCAGUUUGCAAUCCGAUGGCGCAUUGCUGGCACAGCCAAUGUGCCAUUCCCAGGGCUUAAGAUCAAACCCUACAUUGUGACCAGCACCUUCACGGUGAACGACGAUGGCUUGGUGGACUCAGAAACGGACUCCUUUUCGAUUCCAACUUGGGAUUUGCUGCUGUCAGCCAUCGCCCCAUGGUGGCCCGGUCUCGCGGAGCCAACGCCACCCCUCACUUCACCUUAUGCGUAGGACUGAAACCGUGACAGUACACUGCUCAGGGUGGAACAUCCCACGUCGCGUCAGUGGUCCAUGAGCUGGCCGGCGGGCCCAGGAGAACUCCCACACGUCCAAGCGCUUGGAUGCAGGAGGAAAAAAA